UUUUGAAUUAAAAGGUAUUGCCCAAAAAUUGAGUUGAGUUAUACGUAGAGAACACUGAUAUCAAACUUUACGUGAGAAACAAAAUGGUGGUGAAUAGUAAAGAGACAAAAAUGUAACUAUGUUGAAUGAAUUAAAUGAAAACUUGAAGGGUAUGGAGGCUGUUACAUUUUUUAUAGACGAAACAAUUUUUAAUAUUUAUCAAAUGGGUACCCAGUAUGAGAGGUAAGGAGUUUCAUGCGAGAGAAGUUUGAUAUCAGAUAUCUAGAAGACACAAAAUUCAUAAGUGGUGAUUUUUCAGAAUAAAAUGGAAGAAAACAGCUCAGAGAGCAUCUCCAAUGUCAAUAUUGGUGAAGAAUUAGAAAGGCUGAAAACUCAACUCACCGAAAUGAGAAAUAAAUUGAGGCAAGUACCAAAGAUACAGAAUCCUGCCUGCAUUUUACAAAAGGAUACUUCAUAUGAUGUAUGGAGGAAAAUUGUGGAAAACGAUUUCAGAACCUUCGGCUAUUUAUAUUUAAUUGACAAAAACGAAACAAAACCUACACUUUCUGCCGAUGAAGAAACCAGUAGAAGUGGUUUCGCUAUGGGGUAUCUAAUAAGUAGACUAGAUGAUGAAUACAAAAGAUUAGUAUGUGAUAUAAAUGAGCCUAUGGCAAUACUAGAAAAAUUGGAUUCAUUAAAACAUCCAAAAAUCCCAUCGACUAAAUUUGUUCUGAAAAGGUCAUGGUCUAAUUUGACAUACCUAAAAGGUAAAGAAACAGCUACUCAAUUUAUUACUAGAUUCGAAGAAGCUACACGAAAUCUUAUGAGGGUUACUGAAGGUGAAAUGAAAGAAGAAGAUAUUCUUGAAAAUUUUCUUAUGGCGAUUUACAAUUCCGUACCAGAAGUAAUUAGAAGGUAUGAUGCCUCUGGUGGGAAAAUCUCACUGAAUGAAAUAAAAUCUAUGAUGUUAAACACUGAGGCAACAGAAGCGGAAGCAAAAGCGAGGUGCGAAGAAAUGGAGACAACAGUUGCUCUUAAUGCCUCUGUUGGAAGUAGAGAUUCAAAGAAAUUCAAUAUAGGGAAGGUGAAGGUAUGCUAUCGAUGUGGAAAGCCGAAUCAUAUGAGUUUUGAAUGUAAGAGUAGAGCUAUCAUUUGCUACAAUUGCAAGGAACUAACUACAAAUCAUGAUGCAAAAUCAUGCAAAAAGAGGAAAGUAAUCGGAAAGAAUCGUGUAGGUUACAAUUAUAGAAAGGAGCAGAGAGGUGGAUAUCUAGGGAGAAGAAUGUAUAAAAAUGUUGGAAACAGAAGAAAUACUGAAGGUUCACAAAUGAAAGAGGAUAAUAAUAAUAGAAGAGGUUUGUACAAGAAAGUAAAACUAAGCGGGGAGGAAGGUGAAAAACCUAAAUUUGCCUUUGUCGCAAUGGAAGAUUUUGAUGCAUCGUAUGCAGAGAACUUGCAGGAAGAAGGAGAGGCAAACGCAGCAGAAGUUGAAGGUGAAACGUGUGAUGUCUUUGAAUAAAAGGUGAAGAAAAGGAGAUGAAGAAGAGAUAAGGAAAAGAGGACAGAAGAAUAAGAUUUCAGUUGUUAUGUUUCAAGAAGUUUAUUUUUUUUAUACAAAUAUAAUAUGUACUAUGUUUGAAAAUGAAGGGAGUUAAGUGGUUAACGAUGAAAUGUUAUGUUGGGAUUUACGUUGAUAUAUCUGAUAAUAAAGUUGAUAAAAAGUA